GAAUUUUGAAUGACUUGAAUUAAUUGAUAAUGAAAAAAAUAAGUUUAAAAAUGGUAAUAUGCAGUCUAUCUCCUCCGUCGGGGCGUGAAGCGACGCCGCCUCUCUCUACGGAGGAAGCCGGCGAUUUGGAGUGCAGCAUUACAAAGACCAAGACUUCUGUCUCGGACUCGGAUACUCAGGUCAGUGGUGGUGAAAACCCUCCGCAUUCUCCUUCAGGGGUGAGUUCUGUCAAGGAGGCUCUAACCGAGGGUAAACCUAACGAUGAUUGGACUUGGAGUGGGAAUUGCUUUCCGAAGAAAGAGGAACCCGACUCUGACGACAAAUUGGACGUAGAGGAGGAUGAUAUGCAUGACGAAUCUGAGGGUGGUACUCCCAUAAUCCAUAUUUCGCGACGGUACUUGAAGGAGUUAGAUGAGCCCCGGAAGAAUUGUUUGAUUUUAAAACUCCAAGGUUAGAUCGCGCAGCAUGAGGUUAUGCAUGCUAAGGUUAUUGAGUCUUGGAAUCCUGUGGGUGAUUUUAAGUUGAAAGAUUUUGGUUAUGGUUUCUAUGUCGCUAAAUUUCGUCUUAAGGAGGCUUGCUUUAGGGUUUUGAAGGGUGUUCGAUGGAAGAUUUUGGACCAUUACCUCAUGGUUCAGCGUUGGAAUUCAU